AUGUCCACCCCAGCAUCUACGUCAGGCUCUUCUCCCACUCCCUCGGAGCGUGUCGUGCGGUUCGACGACCGGUGCGUGCUCGUGCCCGAGCACCGGUGUUCGCGCCUUCCACGGUUCCUGCAGGGGUCCUACUCGCUGUCGCCCAUCUUCCACAGGGACUCUCCACCAAAUCCUAUAGACGAGGCUGCCAACGCAGAUAUCAUACCAAACGUCUCGCGCCCUUCACUCCUCACUCGUUUAUCCUCAAAAAUGGCACAUUCACCGUCGCCGCGUCGGUCAAAUAGCGCAGAUCGUAUACCACUGUCGCCCUGCCUCGUGCACCAUGACCAUGAUCACGACUGCGAUCGUCCACCGCUAUCAAGAGCAGGUCGAAGACGGCGACCGUCACUUCCGGAACCUAUCUCGCACUCGGUGUCCUCACCUGGUUCACCUGGUGCUGCGGAGCUUAUCACCGUGCCGCUUCGCCCGUGCUGUGUACAAUGUUUUAAGGUCACAGAAGCUUGCCUCGCCCACGGAGAUGCCUGGAGGGAACGGUUCACCCGCGCUGCUCGCAACCGACGGAAUGCGAGCAUUGACUUCCAGAUGGCCCGUCAAAAUCGAAGUCCCCCUGGCCAAUCUUCUCCCGGGACCUUCGCAGCUGUGACCGUGGACGAGGUGGCCAAGGAGGGAAUCGUCUUGUCUGACAGUCCCGAGUCUGAGAUCCAAGACGCGGAGAGCCCUCGGCUCGUAGUCGAAGGAGAGGACUCUUGGGUGGCAUCGGUUCCCGCCGACGUACUGGGCGCCGGGAUCACAAGGAAGAUGCUGUCGCCCAUCCCGAGCAGGAACGUUUCUACCGAGGACUUGAUGGUGGCCCGCAAACCUUCUUCCUUGUCCUUCGAACGGAUCACACACGAGGAACUCCUCAAAGCGGACGCCAUCUACACGUCUCCGCCAGCAUCCCCUCCGCCGCGCACACCAUCGCCUCCGGAGAGGUCGGUGUCCAAUUCGCCGAAACAUAGGUUCAAGUUUCCUGCCGGUGCCGAGUUACUUCGGGCUGGCGUGGACAUGUUCAAGGGUGUAGGAUCAUUCAGUCCGACAUCGGUGUGA